AAGAUCAAUUUGUGAAGAAAAUGAAAUCAAUGGAAACUAUGAAAGUGAAGCUUCAGCGGCUGUACAAUAGGAUCAGUGAAGACAUGAAAAACAAAAUGGACAGUUUGCAACAAAACUGUGAAGGUGCGCAAGUUCUGUACGCUACAUUGGAAAAAAAGGUUGCAGCACUUGAUGGAGAAAAAGAAAAAAUGGCUUAUUACACUGAGUUGUUAGAGAGAGAAAAGGAAGGUAUUGCAGGUAUACUGUCAGAUGUGGUCACCCAGAGACAGGGCAUGGAAAAUCAGUGUAAGCAAGGGUUUGAGUUGGAAAAACAAGAUCUUGAAAAACUGAAAGCAGUGCUGAAGCAAGAGAGAGAGGGAUCUGGAUAGAGUGCAUGAGAUCAUGACCAAAGAAAGAUUGGACUUAGAGCUGAUGAGAUCUGAAAUUCAGGAACAAAGUAAAUUAUUAGAAAAGGAGAAAAAGGAGAUAAAAGAGGGAAGACACAAGUUGGACAGCACAAAAGCUGAGCUAGAAAAGAAGAAAGAACAUGCAGACAGUCUGUUUGAUGAGAUAGACACAGAGAAGGCCAACAUUAAACAUCUGACCCUUCAAGUUCAGACAAAAAGAAACCAACUUGAACAUGUCAUGAACAUGAUAACCUUAAAACAACAAGAACAAGAACUCAAGGAAGAUGAGUUAACAAAACGAAAACAAGAACUGGUAAUGAAUAAGAAUACUGUGCUAACAGAAAGAGGAGAGCUGGAUGUUUUGAGGAAGGAUCUGAACAAAAAGAAAGAAGAGGUUGAAGCUGCCAUGAACAGCAUCACUAGAGAGAGAGAACAACUCAGUAAAAUGAAGGCUGACAAUGAGAAAGAGAAAGAAAUGAUUUUAAUUGAAAAGGACAGAAUAGAAGUCCAAUGCUCUGAACUGAAGAUGAGACAAGAUCAACUCGUAAAUGAAAUGAAAUCAAUACAAACUCUGAGAAGGAAGCUUCAACAGCUUAACGAAAGGAUCAUUGAAGACAUGAAAAACAAAAUGGACAAUUUGCAACAAAGGUCUGAAGAUGUGCAAAUGCUGUACACUGUAUUGGAAGAAAAGGUGGCAGACCUUGAUGGUGAAAAAGAAAAAAUGGCUUAUUACACUGAGUUGUUAGAGAGAGAAAAGGAAGUUAUUGCAGGUAUACUGUCAGAUGUGGUCACCCAAAGACAGGACAUGGAGAAUCAGUGUAAGCAAGGGUUUGAGUUGGAAAAACAAGAUCUUGAAAAACUGAAAGCAGUGCUGAAGCAAGAGAGAGAGGAUCUGGAUAGAGUGCAUGAGAUUAUGACCAAAGAGAGACUGGAGCUAGAAACCAGUAAGAACAGUGUCCUUACAGAAAGAGGAGAACUGGAAGUUUUGGGGAAGGAUCUCAAAAAGAAGAAAGAAGAGGUUGACAUUGCCAUGAACAGCAUCAGUGGAGAGAGAGAACAACUCAGUAAAAUGAAGACUGACAAUGACAAAGAGAGAGAAGUACUUUUGAUUGAAAGGGACAGAAUAGAAGUUGAAAGGUCUGAGGUGAAAAUAAAAGAAGAUCAAGUCAUGAAGAUAAUGAAAUCAAUGGAAACUAUGAAAGUGAAGCUUCAGCAGCUGAACAAUAGGAUCAGUGAAGACAUGAAAAACAAAAUGGACAGUUUGCAACAAAACUGUGAAGGUGCGCAAAUUCUGUACGCUACAUUAGAACAAAUGUUUGCAGCACUUGAUGGAGAAAAAGAAAAAAUGGCUUUUUACACUGAGUUGUUAGAGAGAGAAAAGGAAGGUAUUGCAGGUAUACUGUCAGAUGUGGUAACCCAGAGACGGGACAUGGAAAAUCAGUGGAAGCAAGGGUUUGAGUUGGAAAAACAAGAUCUAGAAAAAGUGAAAGCAGUGCUGAAGCAAGAGAAAGGGGAUCUGGAUAGAGUGAAUAACUUAAAGAUGAUGAGAUCUGACAUCCAGAAACAAUGUGACUUAUUAGAAAAGGAGAAAAAGGACAUAAAAGAGGAAAAAGACCAAUUUGAAAUAAUAGAGACUGAGCAACAAUGUCAGAGAGAAGAUAUUGAUUCCCAUAUCGAUGAGAUCAAGCAUGACAAACAAGAACUGUAUCAAAUGAAGACAACUAUUGAAAAGAAGAGGAUGGAAGAAGACCUUUCCAAGCUCAAAAUGGGAGAGAACCAACUCACUAGUUUAAUGAUCUCCAUAGGAAGUCUUAGGGCUAAGUUCAAACAGCUGAAUCAAAGGAUAAAUGAAGACUUCAGAAAGCAUAUGGACAGAUUAGAGCAGAAACAUGGAGACAUAGUCCAGUUGAAGUCAAUAUUGGAACUCAAGUUUGAUGAACUUGAUAAACAGAAAAAUAAGAUUAUUGGUUAUUGUGACCUGAUCCAAAGAGACAAGAAAUAUGUGGUGACAAUGAAGGUUGACAUGGCGGUACAAACUGAAGUUGUAGCCAAAGUACUGCAGGAGGAAGAUCCUGAAAAGCAGGAUUUGAAUAAACUUAAAGACUUUGACUUUGGGAAGGAUGGUCUUCAGGCAGGCUUUGCGAUCCAGACUGAAGAAUUAGAACAUCAGUGGAGAUUAGAGGAAGAUAAACGUGCAACACUCUCUGAGUCGGCAGUAGAAGAAGAGGAUUUUACAGAUGAGGGAAUGUCAAAAAGAGAUUAUUUGCGAAAUAUCUGGAAGGACACUAAAACAGAACGAAAGGAGAUUGAUCAGAUGAAGCGCCGGGGUCAUGAGAUGAGAAACAACCUGGAGAAAAGACUAACAGUAAUUAAUCAGUUUAUUCAGAGAACAUUGUUCCAGAAAGAAAAGGAACCAUUGGAGAAGAGGAGCCUAAAACAAGGCUCAAGUAAUGACACAACAUCUCAAAGCGACUGUAACAGCAAAGCACUAGAUAAAAAAUACAUGGAACUCCAACAACUUAAGAUUCAGAUGCUUAGUGAGAUUGAGAAACUCCAUGUCAAAGAAAAAGUGUCUAGGACACUGACAACUAGCAACAAAGCCAAUCAAACAUCCCAGGUGCAUAUAACCACAGAAGAUGCAAUAGUGCAGGUAAGUGAAGAAGCUUCUACCAAAAUGUAUCAAGAACCUGAAGCAGCCCCAGAAACAACCAGCGGACUUCUCUGUCAGCUCCGGCAUUACUGCUAUCGUUGCUACUGCCCCUGCUGUGCUUGUUGCAAGCAAGUGUGCCCAGAGGAGAAAUGACAUGACAUGUCUAUUUCAGGUCUAUUUCUUUAACCACAUCCUUUAACCACAUGGAAUAGAUGGAUAACCUGAGCCUGAACGUUUUAAAACAGGUUAUUUGUUUUAGUCAGAUAUAUAUCAAUGUGUUGGGAAAAAUUGAAAACUGCCAGCCUGCCGUUAGGUUUCCUACUUUAUAAGGAUUGUGUAAAUGGAAUUAAAUUAUUGCUGUGACAUUUUUUUUAAAAGCAUCAUGAGUAAUAACAAAAAGUAAUAUAAUAACUUAGGGCAAAAUGUGUGAGGCUUUUGUUUCAGAAAAUGCUUCACCUAUACUGGCUAAUACACAAUAUUAUAUUUUUGCAUAAUAAGAUUGAAUAUUGAAUGACUGAAUUUUAAAAGUUAGUGUUUAAUUUUCUGUGUGCAAUUCCUGAUUUAAACCUCAGCCCUUGCAUGUUACAAAUUAAACAUAUUUUAUUCAUCUUAAGAAUCCACUGUUCACUUAAUUACAGAUUUUAAGAACUGACGUGUCAAUUUGAUUUCAUUUUUCUUGUUGUUGCUGGUUUGUUUUUCUCACUCUUUAGAAAUGUUUCAAAAAGACAGCCCAAUAUACUUUUAUGCUUAAAUGUAAAUUCACAAAUACAUUUGUUAAUCAUUUUUGUCUUUGAACAAACCUUUUAUUGUCAAAUAAAAUUAUCAGUAUAUUUAUA